AUUUGACAGCACGACCACCUCGGCUUUGACCUUCCUCAAAAUUAGCGAAACAUGAAAAGGGAUCGCACGCGCCACUCUUGGAACCUUCCCAUUGCCCCGCGUCCCACGUAUCCCCUCACCAGCAGCCGGGCGUCGCGUCGCCCGCCACAUGGCGACGCGGCGAGGGAUUGCGUUGACGUCAAACGUCGAGCGGUCCUGCGAGCGCCCACCUGUCACCUCCCCGUCGCUCCAGUACAGACUCGCCAGCAAAGUUGCGGCUCCCGCUCUCCGGAACCGCCACGCGUCGAGCACCCACCAACUUCUGCUACUCCCACUCCUACUCCUCCUCCUCCCCCCAUCUCUGUAUAAAGCGUCGCCGCGACCGCGCCGUACGUCGGCGUUGCUUGUGUCGACAUGGUGCGAAGUGACGGAGCGGAGGAGACGAGCGACGGCUCCGACGCGCGGGGGGCUGUCUCGCGAGCUUGUCGCCGCCGUUACAAGGGAGUGAGGAUGCGGAAGUGGGGGAAGUGGGUGGCGGAGAUACGGCGGCCCAACAGCCGGGACCGCAUCUGGCUCGGCUCCUACGUCACCGCAGAGGAGGCGGGGAGGGCCUACGAUGCCGCCGUGUCCUACCUCCGGGGGCCGUCCGCCCUCCUCAAUUUCCCCGACGUGCAGCCCGAUAUCCCCUUCUCGGCCGACAGAGGAGGAGUCUCGGCUUCCCAGGUCCAGAUGGCUGCUGCUAGGCAUGCUCGUGGCCAUGGAGUGGCUCCGCCUACGGAGACUUCUACGCGCACCGGCGUGGAGCCUUGCGGCGGCCGCUCGCCAGAUGUUCUGCAGAUCGCUCCAGAAAGCAGCGGCUGCGGCGGAGAGGGCAUUAGUGCGUUCGCGACGGACGGGUGUUACUUUGGGACGGGGCAUGGAGCUUUCGGGUCUUAUGCAUUCUCUCUGAAUCCGCCCUGAGUUUUUCUUUUCCUCUCUUGUUUCGACAUAUUUACAUAUUUAGCAGUUGUGCAGUUUUGGCGUCUAUGAAAUCCACAGAGAACUCCUUUUUUUCUCUUCUGUAAAGUUAAGAUUCCAACACCGAUCUUCAAAUUAAUCGUGUAUCGAAAAGCCACGGAAAAUAUUUUCUUGUGGGUGACUUUUUAUUUCUUUUAUGAUUCCUUAUACCUUAAUAACACCUCCCUAAACGUAAAACAGCUCACUCAAA